AUGCGCAGCGACAUCCUCGCCUGGCGCAAACUCUCCGUCGCACCCAUCCACGACAAACGCUUCGAGUACCACCUCAAGAACCUGAACCGCCUCGAGGAUAUCGCGGGGGAUACAAAGUGGUUGUUGGAGUGGGAGAUCGAUAUGCUGCCAGAGGAGAUUGCGAAGAGGGUUGUGGCUGCGAGGCCGUGGGAUAAAGAGGCUGAGAGGGGCGAGGGUGGGUCUGGUGGUCGGAGGGAGGAUGUUGGGGGUGCCUCCGGUCGUGGAAGUAAUAAGGAGAAUGUCAAACAGGAGGAGCAGGAUGAGGGGGAGGGGCGAGGACUAACAGCGUGGGAAGUGAGAGUCAAGAUCGAAGAGGAGGAUGCGAGCUUGCACUUGUCACACUUCGAGAUGAUGCGCAUUUGA